CAGCCACGCGCAUGACGGAGCGUGCUUUCACUCUCUAAAAGUUUCAUUUUGUCCCACAAACGAAAUCUGAAACCGCCACACACAGUCGCCAAAAACCAAUAAAAAUGUCUCUCUCCCUUCCCUCUUCUUCCGCCGCCGCUGCUGCUACUGCGGCGGCGUCGACAUCGGGAUCAUCGUCUUCCACGGCGACAGUUUCUUCACCCUCCACGACGACGUCCUGGUUCUCCGGAAUCGUUCGUGGCCGUGGUGAUAAAUCCGGCACCGCGAAGCUAUCUAAAAGCUCUUCCAUGGCUGGAGGUGGAAGCGGAAGCGGAAGCGGAGAUUACGGUGGACCGAUCAAAGGGAAGAAUCAAUUUCGUGGUGUUUUGUUCAAAUACGGUCCCAAAUCUAUUCAGGUGGCUUUUAAGACCGGAGAGUAUAAACAACAAGUGGUAUUUAUCGGUGGAUUAACCGAUGGACUUUUAGCUACUGAUUACUUGGAACCUCUUGCAAUUGCUUUGGAUAAAGAGAAAUGGUCACUUGUUCAACUACUGAUGUCGUCUUCGUAUUCUGGAUUUGGCACUUCCAGCUUGAAACAAGAUGCUCAAGAGAUCGACCAGCUAAUAAACUAUCUCAUCAACAAAGAGAACUCCGAGGGUGUUGUUCUGCUUGGUCAUAGCACUGGCUGCCAGGAUAUUGUGUAUUAUAUGGGAACAAAUGCUGCAUGCUCCCGAGCUGUACGAGCUGCAAUUUUGCAGGCACCGGUCAGCGAUAGAGAGUACAAAGCAACGCUUCCUGAAACACCAACUAUGAUAGACUUGGCUGCAAACAUGAUAGAAGAAGGUAAAGGGGAGGAGCUAAUGCCUAGAGAAGCUGAUCCUUGUGCUCCAAUCUCUGCGUAUAGAUAUCACUCCCUCUGCGCUUACAUGGGGGAUGACGAUAUGUUUAGUUCUGACCUUAGUGAUGAUCAGUUGAAAACUAGACUUGGGCAUAUGGCUAACACACCUUGUCAGGUGAUUUUCUCCAUGGGUGAUGAGUAUGUACCGGAAUAUGUCGACAAAAAGGCAUUGGUUAAUAGAUUAAGUAAAGCAAUGGGUGGAGCAGAGAAAGUGGAGAUAGAGCAUGGGAAUCAUUCUCUCUCCAAUAGAGUUCAUGAAGCUGUUCAAGCCAUUAUGGGAUUUGUCAAAAGGGUAGGACCCAGUGGUUGGGAUGAUCCUUGGAGCUAAAUCUGCUUUAUCCAUAUACAGUAUGUGGAUGGAAACUUAAAUUCAAAUCUGAAUCUCAUGAAUUAAUUCACUUCUUGGCUGAUUCAUAAUCAUUACCCCUUGAAAAGUAAAUUUUUUCUUCUUUUCCUUCUGUUGUUAUAAUCAACCUCAAUUUCUUUUGUUGCUUUGUUUUGUCGUUAACCAAAAAUUGUUUUCUUGUUAUAUAAUCUUCAAUUUUCAAUGUGCCUUGUA